AUGAUGGCACUCUUUGUCAUGAGGACGCACGACGAAGAAGGGCCACCGGACGGGCUUCUCCAGCCCCACAUCAUCGAGGCGAUUGCCUCAUCGCUCUGCACGCGAGACGAUUUUACCAGCUUUCUCGACGCGGUGCCCCGCUCGCUGUGGUCGCCGGCGCUCAGCGCGUUGGUCGACGUCUGUGCGAUGGCGCCACCGGACCACCUCUACAACGAGUGGCCGCGCCUCCUCCUCUGCAAGGUAGACGUAUCGCCCGAGAUAUUGGCCAUGCUCGCCAAGGUGCUGCCGCUGCGGCUGUGCAUUGACGUCACGGAUGCAAUCCGGGAGGCGGCGCCGCUGGCCAACCUCCUACAUCCAUCUCGCGUUUGA